AUGGCAAGCAACGGCCUCACGGCGACGCCCUUGGGUCAACAAGGAGGCUUCAACUGGCUCUUUCUCGUCGACCUGAUCGUCUGCGGCAUCCUGGCGCUUUUCUUCAUUUUCUACUUCAAUCGCACUGUCUCGACCAUCAUCUCGUAUGCAAUCCGCGCCUGGACAUGGCACAAAUAUCGCGCCUACAUCGACAUCACUUCGUUCCAACUCUCGCUAUUAGGAGGCCGCCUCUUCUUCAAGUCCAUCCGAUACCAUGGCCACAACCAGACAGUCUUCGUCCACGACGGCAACAUCACCUGGCGAUAUUGGUUGCGCCAGGUACAGGAGCCNCUCAUCAUGCAGAAAGUCUCUCAACGCCACGAUUCAUCCGACACCGACCACGCCAGCUUUGAUGCAUCCCAGGAAAAGGCCAGACCCAGGAGCGAGAGCGUGGGAAGGGCUGAGACUGCCCACUUGGACCGACAACGCACUCUUCCUUGUCGAUUUUUCGUCAAAGUCAAGGGUGUAGAGGCCUUCUUGUACAAUCAGAGUCCCGUAUACGACAACAUAAUCGCCAAUCUACAGAAUAAGGCUCGCACAAAGGACCCCGAUGUUCCGAGCGCAGAUAUACCCAUGCAAGAUCUGACUGGGGAGAAGGUUCCAGCAGCAGACGGCCUGGACCGCCAGGAAACCUCGAGCAGCCUUGACGGCUCUCUUCUGGCCGAGACCGUGAGUAGGACCACAACUAGGACCACCACACACGAGACUGCCAUUCCAGCCUUCCUGAAGAUGUUUCCUAUUCAGAUUGAGUGCAAGAAAGCUGCUGCUGCUGUCGGCAACGAUUUCACUCAGAGCAUACUUACUGCCAAGCUGGAAAAUGCGAGCGGAAGAAUCGACGCCGAUGAGGCUGGUGCUUUGGACCUGUACAAGCUGUUGUUCAACUUUGACUUUCACGAUAUCAAAGUCGCUCUCAAACCGAACACGGACUACCAGAUGUCCCAGAUGCAGGCAGCUGCGCGCCUGGACAAGGACGAAGAUCCCAAAGCAAAGAAAGGCCGUGGUUUCUUCGGCCUACACCCAAUACUUCGAGCGGGAAAGAUUCUGCAUGCUCUGUUGCAUGCCGUAAUGUGGCUCUUUACUUGGCACCGCAGCUCCCAAGGUUCUGUCAGAACUGCAUCGCUUCUCAGUGAAGACGAAAUCCCUGAUGGAGAUUCUGCCAAGCUACCUGGCGAAGCACAAUGGCAAGGUCUGGCACGUUAUCUGGACGAGACAGGCAAUGAGCAUAACGAAUGGGACGGUGUCGAAUACGCUAGAUUCUCCGAUGUUGCAGAUGUGAAGAAGGCGAGCAUGACCUUUUACUGGGAUGUUCCGGGAAAGGUCUCUAAAUCUCACCUUGCUGGUCAGUCUAAUCUUUUUGACGAAGUGAAUGGUCCAUCAGCACCCGAGUAUGGCUUGAAUCUUUCAGUUGACGGUGCCGUCAUCAACUAUGGUCCCUGGGCCGACAGACAACGAGUGACUCUGCAAAACGUUUUCUUUCCUGCUUCAUACCAUGAUGCCGUCCCUGCACAGCGCCUGACCGUUGACCAAAACCGAGUCGCGACCGUGUUCAAGCUUUUCUUCUGUUUGGAAAGUGAAAUUACUCUUCGUAUCCCGACUCGUGAAGCAUCGAAAGACUGGAAAUGGCAGGGUCGAGCCGAAGGACAUCGCGCGCAGAAGGCCACCGAUGCUGGACUUCGCAAGCGACGUGGUAAAGGCUCNAAAAAGUGGUUCAAGAAAGAGCCACAGACCACAGGUGCUGACAUACGUCCCUUCGGUUGGAUGGAUGUCAAAGUCGCUGCUGAUACAACCAUCAAUUAUGCGAUGGACAUGUACGCACGCAAGGACGGUUAUCACAACACGUUGAGCCUCGAUGUCAAGGGUACCGAGAUAUCCUCUAGCGUCAAUCAUGCCAUGUUAUGGAAAUCAGGGAACCUGUUACUGGAAGGAGACCUUUCGAACCCUUUGCAAUGGAAUGCUUUGCGCAAAUGGAUCUUCAAGAUCCACUGCGAUGGUCUCGAUCUGUACAUGCUGCGCGACCACAUGUUUCUGUUGACUGAUUUGAUCGCUGAUUGGGGCAUGGGACCCCCACCCGAUUUCUACACUUUCGUCCCCUUCGUGUAUUCUCUGGACAUCAACUUCAAGAACUUUGGACUCUUCCUCAACGCCAAUGAUGCCAACAUCGUCAACGAUCCGUCGGAUCUCGAAGACAACAACUUCCUCAUCCUUAACGGUAAAGAGCUCUAUGCCACGUUAGAGAUCCCUCUUGAUCAAUACAGGCCGGCCCAGAACGGAAUCAAGUUCGACGUACUUGCCAAGGACAUGUCUCUUGAUAUCAGCAAUCCUCCUCGCAUCACACUGCAUAGUCUUCUGCGGCAGAAACGACUUGCGACACUNAAAAAGUUGACCUUAGGUGGUAGCCAUACACUCUUCGUCGAACAGGCGCCAGGUCUGGUAGACAUGCUGCAGAUGGACAUUUGCGGAAGCGAUUUGGAACUCCAAGCCUUUGGCUACUUGGUGCGCAUGUUCAUCAAUGUUAAAGAGAACUAUUUUGGAGAAUUCUUGCAUUUCAAGACGCUCGAAGAAUAUCAAAAUGCCGGGUCAGAUGCGGCAAACGCCGAGACAAAUAUGGUUGGCAGGUUCGCAUUCAGGCCAGCCAAUGAUCUAGACGUUGUUCUUUGCAUUACCGCUGAGCAUCCUGUCAUCAUGCUACCAGCAAAUCUCUACUCAGCAGAGACUUUCAUCAAGCUUGAGCUACCUGUGGUUUCGAUGGAUCUCCGAGUUGCCAACUACUAUCUUGAUCUUGCAGUCGAUGUCAGUCCAGUAACUGUGUCUUGGUCUGGUAUACACAAUGACGAAGGCGAAUUCGAUGAUUCAGCGCCGCAGAUCAUUCUUGAAAAUGCAAGCAUCUCUGGCCAUCGCCUGUUUGGUCUUCCACCGACUGAGCCUGCGUACGUCUCGAAUUGGGAUGUCACUCUUGGCAACGUAUCAGGAGAGUGCUCGCUCGAUUUCAUUCAGAAUCUAGCCAAGGCUGGACGAGCAGUAGCUUUUGCACUCGAUGAUUUCGAGAACGCCUUGCCGUUGGCACAGACUGCAGAGAUACCAGAAGCGGUCUUCUUGCGACUCAAGACAGGUUCUAUCUGCCUAUGGCUGAACGAGGGCAAGUCCGCCAUACGUCUCUACUCGGAGCCUGUUACACUCAAUCAGAACGAUCGCGCUGAUGGCCUGUUCUCAUCUCGCUUGCAUCUUCAGAUUCCCAAUAUCACCAUGACUUGCGUCGACUCAAACUCAAUGGCUCACCGAGGGUCUCGUGGUGACGUGCAGCCGGCAAAAUGCAUAGCUUUCAUCCAAACCAGCCUCGAUAUGUCAAUGGUACAAAGGAAAGCACACUUCAACGCUGAGCGUGAGAAACAACAAACUCAUAUCCGCCAACAAGAUGUAAGGACCGGCAGAGCGAACUUCUUGAUAGCGAGCAAUGGUGGAGAUCAGAAACAUAACGAAGAAGAAGAGGAAGAGGCAGAUUUGCCGGAUUCACCCUCUAUGGCGCUUCCCAAACUUCCUGAUCCUCUCAGGAAAGGGCCCUUGAAGAUGAGUCUUGCAGCCGACGGUUCUAUCAAGUCAUCCAUCAGCUCCAGCCCUUCGAUCAACAAAACCUCUACUCAAAAGGCCCUUCCCAAAGGAGACCUUGAUGGUGUGGAGCACUCUCGNCCCCCGUUGUACUACUCCAACUCAACAGCUUCUCAGCCUUUAGGUACUGUAGGCUUGUGGAGCCCGUUUUCUGUCCCAGAUCCUCGAAAUUUUGAUGUCACCGCCGAUUUGAGCAAAGUACCGCAAUUCUCGACAGUAGUUGACGAAGCCGAAGACAUAUCUGAAACCUCUUCGCAAAGUGAUUUGAGCAUCAACCUGGAUCAGGAUGGAGAGCUAGACCAACAAACGUUCAUGAUCCGCAUGACACCCGGUGUACGCUUAUAUGUUGAGCCUCGCAUAAGCGAGACUAUUGUGAACAUUGUCACUGCUUUGCAGCCGAAGCGCUCUGAGGAUGUGAUUGACACCUUCCAGAUGGAUGUUAUGGGAAGAGUUCAACAAGUCCAAGAUCAGAGAAAGAGCCGCCGUGGUAUUGUCGAGUUGAACUUGAUUGUACCUAGCAUUGAUGCUAGACUAUUCAACGACCAGAAGCUUGAUACGAGUCGAACAACUGCCGUGCCGGUGCAAGAUCAGCUGGAUGUUGGUUUGAGUCAUCUCAAUCUGACACUCCGAUUCAAGCCCAUACCGGACACCGAGACUGGGACAGCACUGACUAUGCAUUUGACCUUGGAUUCUGCGCUUGCUAAAUUCUCUAAUCCCCUGGAGAAGUGUAAAACAUCUGACUAUGCGAUUCGUCUUGGCUUCGAUGACGUCCUCAUCUGGAUGAUUCUGGCCAAAUCGAAGUCAGUACACGUGUCGUUCAAGGAUCUGUUAGGUGUCAUCUCAGGCAAUCAAGCGGACUAUCUGGCAUCUGUGUUCUCUCGAUAUGCAGCUAUCGGUGCCCAGAUUCAGAAACAAGCCGAUGCAGUCGAGAUCGGUUCAAAGGCCCGACUAAGAAGCCUAACAGACUAUCUCACUGAGCAUGCCGAUGUCUCCACUGAUCCGCCAUAUCUUUCACGCAUGACGUAUGUACUUCGAGCCUUUCCAGAUCAUUUCCGCAAUCAAGAGUCGUGGAAGAUUGUUGCUCGAUUCCGUCACAUAUACGAGUGUCUGUCAGACGAGAGCCAUGUUGUUCUGGAACAACAGCUUGCCGACGGCACUGAUGAACUGAANAAGACAUCUUCCAUUCUCGAAACCUGGGCAGCAUGGUGUAGCUGGGACAUNUCGAAUGUAGAGCAGACCCAAGUCUUUAAGCUUCUGCUAGGUGAUGUCGAAGCCAUGAUUCUGGAAGAAGAUAUCGUACCGCUUGACCUCACUUUGCGUGCCGGAGUUGUACGUAUAGCUGUUGAAUCAGGAAAGGCGUCAAGUGAAAUCUCACUCGGCAGUCUCUCCAUUGGCGUUACUGUCAUACCUCCAAGUUUACCUUCGGGGCUUAUGCUCGUUGAGGAGAACUUGAGAUCCAAAACUGUCUUCCAGGCCCACACUGCGGCGUCAGUACUUCGACUCAAUUGGGACAUCUUGGAGCAAGUCGAUGCCUUCAUCGACAUUUAUUUCGAACAAGUCAGUCACACGCUCGAUGCUCUAGAUGCACUGCCAGAUCCGCCACAGAAACAGGCAAUGGAAGAUCUUUCAUUCAGGCAAGACUUCCAUGUUGUUUUGUCCACGGACGAAGGCAGUAUUGAAUUGAACACGAUCAACCUGAGACAUAUAUCCACAUGCAACAACCUCAAGCUGUCUCUGAUAGGGUCCGAUAAGGCCUCUCAGGAUUACGGCGAAUGCAUAAGUCUGCUUAUUUCGGCAAGAAAGGCAUUCACUGAACUACAUGCUUCCGAUCAGAGGGUGUGGCGUACGGAUCUUGUGUCACCAAGCAUCUACAUCGACGUGAAACAGACGAUUCGUGAAUACACAACUGCCAUCAACGUCGGAGGAUCUUACGAGCAGUUGCACAUCUCGCUCGAACAAGAGACAUUAGCACUCCUUGAGGUCGUAGAUCAAUUGCUGGCCGAUGAAGUAGCAUACAUCUUGCGCUUCCAGCAACACAUACAAAAAGAACAAAAGAAGAGUGUCGCCACGCGAGAUGCAUCCAAGCCAGAUCGUGAAUUGAAACUGAAUGUAGCUUUCCUGGCCGGAUCGUUCUCUCUCAAUGUCGCGUUACUCAAAGCACUCAACUUAUCAGUGCGAGGAAACACUGCAAACCUACGCGUUCGGCCCAUGUCUGGAUCUAAUUCCACCUGGUCUGUCGAGCUCCAUCUCGGAGCCAUGGAACAGGCCUUUGUACGCAAAGAAGACGGGGCAAAGAGACAAAGAGCUGUAUUCCAUACUCCACCUGCCACUAGUACUCUAAAGCUCGAGUUGACCGAAAAGAAAAUCAACAUCGACUUCACGGGCAUUAUGGAAGAAGUACUGCUGGAAGCAUCUGCUGUUCAAAGUGUUUUGACAAUUCUGAACAGACCCGAGGUACAGGGUGUUCUCGAAGCUAUCAAAGAUCAAGUAUCAGACUUACAAAAGAGAGUCGAGAAGACACUAGCAACAGACAAGAAGGAGGUCAAGCCCAAGUCUGUGGCCGAGGAAUCCCGAUUAAUUGUCUAUGAUGUCAACACGACUUUGGCUGGCUUCAAGGUCGUCGCCAUUGCUCCUGUAUUGACAGCUGGUAAGGCACGUGCCGAGUUGACAUUCGGGCUUGGAGCUGUACUGGCGUCAGUGACAAACAAGACCCGGAAUGCAAGCGAUUCGUUCCCUGACAUACACGGCAGAAUCGAGGACAUUGGUGCUGUUUUAACUCUGAUUGAGGAUGGAGAGCGCCGUCCUUGUGGCCAUGUUACUGUCAGUGUCGCGGUGGAUUGCUGCACUCAAGAACCUGCCUCAGGACCUAUCACACGAGAUAUCAAAGCGCGCAGUGAGUCUUUCGAUGUGUUCGCUUAUGCCGAUACAGCGUCAACUGUUGUGGAUAUCGUGACACAUGUACACCGUAAGAUCCUUGAUCUCGAUCUCUCGAAGGAGGUUGAGUAUCUUAGAAGGCUAAGACAUCGUCGAGCCAAACGGCGAAGGUCCAUCGCUGUGCCCGCGCCAGACUCAAUCAAGGAGGAAGACGAAGAGGCCGUGGUUGACAUGCCAUCCGCACGACCUGCACUUCUUGACUUCUCUCUGGACCUACGUAAGAUUCGUAUUGUUUGGGUAGUCAUCAGAAACCGAUCGAUUGCCGGUGAUCAAGAGCCCCAAGAUCUGGAAGUGUCCUUCUCUCGAGUACACCUUGCUAUUCAAAAACAGAAUGAAGCGCGCCUGUCCAUUCAAGAUUUGCAGGUUCAGGUCGUACCCAAGAAACACAAAGCCUUCGAGAGAUCUGAGAACUCGGCUUUGUUGCCAGAAGUCGUCUUCACUGUCCGAUACGAAAGUGGCAAAGACGGUGUUCGUAUCGCAUGUCAAGCUGCUGGUCAGGCCCUUGACAUUCGCUUGGAUUCAGGAUUUGUCGUGCCUGUCAGUAUGCUCCAGAAAUCUAUAUCUGCGGCCAUCGACCAAUACCGUGCUGCAAAGCUGAACUGGCAAGCCGAUGCGACUCCAGACGACAACAAGUCAACACCGCGGGCUAGUCCUUUUGGUGACAAACGUCUAGCAUCCGUUCAGGCCGACGUCAACUUCAAGGGUGCCCUCUUCUACAUCCAGGGAGACGCGCCUACUCAAUCCAAUACUGCUCUUCGACCUGCACAUAUCGAUUUACCAUACAAACGCAACCGCGCAAAUAGCCACGCUUCGCAAGAUAACAUCGCUACGUCGUUACGAGCUCCCGGCAUCGCUAUCAAGGUCGAGUACUCGAACCUUCCCGAGAAAGAGCAGGUACUGAAUGGUGAGAUCAAGGUGGAUGCGUCAAGCAACACGGUCUACCCAGAACUUGUGCCUAUCGUUCUCCAAAUCACACAUGGUGUCAAAGAGGUUGUCAGGUAUGGCGAAGAGGAACGCAAGACCCCAUCUACUCCCAGGAUCGCACAAGAACAAGCUUUGAAGCUCCAGAGACUUCGUGGCGAGGACGACUCUUUGCUCACCUCCGAUCCAAGCCAGUUUUUGGGCCAGAUGAAACUCAACUUAGGACUACGCAUUUGCAAACAAGAGUUUGGUCUGAGUUGUCAACCGCUGGCUCGUGUCAACGCAAAAUCACAGAUUGAAGACAUCUACAUUACCAUGAGCACCAUCAACUCCCACCAAUUUGGACACUUCUUCGCCCUGUCAGCCACAGUGACUAAGCUUGGCGCUUCCGUACAGCACGUCUACUCUCGAGAGUCUACAUUCAGCUUCGACAUGGAAUCGAUAUCGAUGUCGCUCAUGAAUAGUAGACAUUUGACUGGCGGGUCCAGCGGUGUUUCGAUGGUGCUCAAGGUGUCCCCUACCAGGACUGCGUUGAAUGUGCGCCAGAUUCAAGACCUUCUACUCUUCCGUGAGAUCUGGUUCCCACCAGAGCUGCGAGACACGAGUGAAAUGUCGGCAGAGCCCUCGACCCAAGGACCUGACAAAAUCGUUGUGCAAAGGUACCAGCAGGUCAGUGCCGCUGCGGCAUUCCCAUGGAAUGCCACUGUUGCUGUUGCCGAGCUUGCCGUUGAUCUCGACUUGGGUCAAAGUAUUGGGAAAUCAUCAUUGAGCAUCAAGAACCUCUGGGCAUCGUCCAAGAAAUCUUCUACUUGGAAGCAAGACUUGUGUAUUGGGGUGGACCAGGUCAGCAUCAACAGUACCGGCCGCAUGAGCGGCUUUGUAGAUCUGAGUGACGUGUCUGUACGAACGUCAAUCGAGUGGCCAAGCGCUGAUCGACAAGAGCACAAAGCACCUUUGAUUCAAGCUGCGAUUGGUUUCGGCAGAAUCUCAGCAAAGACUGCUUUGGAUUACCAACCUUUCGCGUUUGCCGACAUUGAGGCUUUCAACUUCCUCAUGUAUAAUGUGAGGGAUGGAGCAUAUGCUCCCGAUCGGUUGAAAGCCAUUCUUGAGGGCGAGAAAGUAUACGUCUUCUGUACCGCAACCAGUCCAGCUCAAGCUGUUGGUUUGUAUCAGGCCUUUGACCGUCUUAUCCAAGAAAAGCAGACAGCUUACAGUCAAUCAAUGGUUGAUUUGGACAAGCAAUUGAGGAGACGAUCUGUGAAUAAAACACGAACCAACUCAGCACCGUCGCCACCAGCACCUAUUCGCAGACACACGACUGAAAGAAGCAAGAGCAGAUUCCCAAUCACUUUGGACACCGAUGUCAUGGUCAUGUUGAGAUCCGUCUGCUUUGGCGCAUUCCCCAGUACCUUCUUCGACAAUCAAAUUCUCAGGAUGGAGGCAUCUGAGAUCCAAGCACGCUUUGCUGUAGGAGUGGAGGACGAACGCGUACACAGCAAUCUCAGUAUGACGCUUGGACAACUGCAAGUUGCACUUGCCCAGGUCAAAAGAGUCAGUGUACCCAAAACGCUCGGAGAUAUUUCCAUCGAAGAGGUCAUAGGAAGCGCCACAGGCGCCAAAGGCGGCAUCAUCCUUCGCGUUCCCAAAGUCAUUGCUUCCAUGCAGACAUGGCAGCAACCACAGUCUAACAACAUCGACUUUAUCUUCAAGAGUUUGUUUGAGGGCAAAGUCGACGUCGGCUGGAACUACUCACGCAUCAGCUUCAUCAGAGGGAUGUGGGAAACGCACUCUCGCACUCUUGCCUCAAGACUUGGCAAACCUCUACCAGAGUCUGCCGUCAAGAUUACCGCAAACGGACCACANAAGAAUGACUCUGCAUCCUCCACGCAGGAAGUUGCAGACAAGACGGCUGGACACGGCGAGCAAGGCAAAAUUACGGCCGUUGUCAAUGUCCCACAGUCCAAGUUUGAAUAUACUGCGCUUGAGCCNCCCAUCAUCGAGACACCACAGUUGAGGGAUAUGGGCGAGGCCACUCCUCCACUCGAGUGGAUUGGAUUACACAGAGAGAGGUUGCCGAACGUGACACACCAGGUUGUUAUUGUCGCUCUGUUGGAAAUUGCUAAGGAGGUUGAGGAUGCCUAUGAGAGGAUUUUGGGAUCGUCGUGA